UUCGAAUGGUGGCCAUAUUGAAAUGUUCCUUAUUGUCGCUGGUUACACGCUGCUGCAGUGAAGUCGGCACACACCACCUGUUCCGUAUCUCGGUCUGUCAACUCUUUUUUCAUUCUACCACGUGGACUUAAACUGGAGAGCUGAAGUCUGUUUUCCCCUAGCAUCUGAUUACCGCCUGUUCCCGGGCACAACUGCGAGAAAGGAUGGCUGCACCCAAUGCCGGAGAUUCUAAGACGCAGACUGUAGAUGGGGCUGGAAGGGGUGCUCCGAGGGGGCGAAGGUUGCCUGCUUCUCUCUCCCCUGGUCGCCUGCCAUCCAUGCGCUCCAGGGACCUGACGCUGGGAGGGGUGAAAAAGAAAACCUUCACACCUAACAUCAUUGGACGAAAGGUCAAGGAAGAGCAGAAGGCUGAUGGAGGACAAAGACGAGACAAGAAAGACUAUGAUAAGGGCCGUCAAAGAGACGGGCGUGGUAGAGGCCGUGGGCGUCCAGAAGUGAUCCAGUCCCACUCCAUCUUUGAGCAAGGCCCUGCGGAGUUGAUGGCCAAAAGGAGAACUGCGGCUGGCUUUGAUGACGCUCGAGAAACACCCAACUCUGGCCCAAGUCCCAUCAUCAACAUUAAAAAAGAAAAGAGGGAGACUGAGGAAGAGACCAAGGAGAUUCUACGCAAGUUGGAGAAAGAUAAUUUCCUGGAUGACCCCCAUCUGAAGAACGAUGCAAAGAGCUGUCCUGUGCAACUUCCCCUGGCUGUGUCCGGCUGGGUCUUCAAGGAGGAGUUCAGAGAAGACAGUGAUGAGGAUGACAAGCAUGAGAGUACUGAGGAACAUUCUGGAAAUCCAAGUACAGAAACUUCACCUCUUAUUAAUAUUAAGCAGGAGCCAGAUCUUAUAGAAGUAAAGAAACAGGAGCCCUCUUACAGGCCUCCGCCCCUCCCUCAACCUGAUGUGCUCUCAAAGCUUCUGGAGUCCUGGAAUCAGCCCAAAGGGGUCGAGUUGUUUUUUAUGCAACUUCCUGAUUCACUUCCAGGGCAGCCACCAACAACUGAUGUCAGACAAACCAAAACAGAGGUCCCGUCCGAGUGUGGUCAAGCAGUCCUCCAGAAGACAGAAACACCGGAGGCUGAGGAGGACGGGAGCUGUAACCUGCGGGACCUGCAGGAGGGUCUGGUGGGGCGUGUGCUGGUCAGGAAGUCCGGUCGGGUGCAGUUUGUUCUUGGGAACGUGACCUUAGAUGUGGAUCUUGGAACCAGCAGCUCCUUCCUCCAGGAGCUGGUGUCAGUGGGCAUUGAGGGCCGGAGUGGAACCAUGUCUGUCUUGGGGCACAUCAAGCAUAAACUCGUCUGUUCCCCUGAUUUCCAAGCCCUUCUGGAAAACAAGGCAUGAGGAAACAUUUGUCAGAGGCUGCAAACAAGACAGUUCAGCAUUGUAUUAAAACAUUAUUAUGAGUGUUUUUGUUUGAAUAAAAUGCUUGUAAAUACACAUCAGCUGUAAUGCAGUGGCAGUAAAACUUAGCUGAACUGUUUAAAUUCCUGUGAUGUACCAUCAUGCAUAAUGUAUAUAUGCAUAUAUGAAGUUUGAGAUAUGUGUGUGUGUGUAUAUACAAUAUAAUUUUAACUUGUAAUGUCACAAUUUAUUUUCACAGACCAUUUAAUCCAGUCAAAUAUAACUGGUUUGGGCUUCAAAUCUAGUUCUGUUGGCAUAUGCUGUAUGCAUUUUAUUUUGGCCUUUACUAGUAGGCACAAUCAUAAUCUUGUCCUAGUUUUGCGUGCAGGUUUUUGUCUUUACUGUCUGUUGUCUGACUGCAGACUACUUAAAAACGAACUUUUUUUCAGGUUUGUCAUUAGAAAUGUGUAGGACAAUUUUCUCACAUAAUGGUUGGGUAUACAGGUGAGCUUACAAUUGCUAAUAAAAAAGAAUAUUAUUUGCUAAUAGCCUACAUGAAAGUUAGAGUUAGGAUUUUUUAAACUUGCAGAAGGCCCUGACUGCCUUACCUUUUUGUGAAACUCAAUAUUGUAUUACAAAAAUCACCAUUAGGCAUCACCUGGAUUAUAUAUAGGUCCAGUAGCCAAAUAUUUUGAAUAAAAGAUGAAAAAUAAGUAUACAGACAACAUUUGGUAUGGCAAGGGUUUUUAUGCUGUAUAUGGAGUUUGUUUUAUUGUGUGAUUCUUCAAAAUAAACAUCACAAGAAUGUU